AAGAUUGGUAAUGAAAAUGAGGAAGAGCUAAAUAUUACUAGUGAAGAAGAAUAUCAGUAAAAACUCAACAUAUAUCUAAUAGUUUAUAGUUAAAAACAAUCAUAGCUCUUAAUAACUAAUCAAUAGAAAUUAUACAAAUGGAAACACCAGAUUGGAAUUCUAAUUCAGUUGGGGAUGAUGUCUAUGAACCUUCGGAAGACACAUUUUUACUGUUAGAUGCCCUUGAAAACGAUUUGAAUAAUUUGAAAAAAAUAAUUGAUAAAGGAGGUUGCUUAGUUUUAGAACUUGGUAGUGGUUCAGGGGUUAUUACUGCUGCAUUAAAAAAAACAUUGGGUUCUACUGUACAAUGUAUAGCUGUUGACAUAAACCUUCAAGCAUGUCAUACAACACUUGAAACUUGUUCAUUAAAUAAUGUUAAUGUUGAUGUGAUAAAUGCGAAUCUAUUGGAUUGGAUAUUUCAGUCUAAAUCUAUUGAUAUAAUAAUAUUCAACCCACCAUAUGUGCGCUCUUUUGUAAAUGAAGGAGAUGUUGAUGGUAAAAUCAGUGACAUAAAACAUGCAUGGUGUGGAGGCCCAGUAGAUGGUGCUGAUGUAAUUAGAAGAGUACUACCUCAAAUUAACAGGGUGCUAGCAGAUAAUGGUGUAUUUUAUUUAUUGAUGAUUAAUUAUAAUAAUCCCGAAAAAAUUGCUCAUUUUAUGGCUCAGGAGUUUUCAAUGGCACACAAUAUUAUUAUCACUCGUAAAGUGCCUGGUGAAUCAUUAGUAGUUUAUAAGUUUUACAGAACAUGAUUGUAUUCAUUUAUAUAAUGAAAAAUUUUAAAGUUCAUCCAACUUAUUGUUACUUGUUGUUAAUAAUAAUUAUCAAUUAAUAAGAAAUAGUUAUUUUAAUCAUUGUAUUUAUAAAUUAAAUUGUUUUAUUUCUUUAUUGUAAAUUUUUGACUUUUAAUGUAAAAUUCAAUUUAUAAUUCUUUAAAUUUUGUGCAAUAUAUAAAAUAUUGUUAUUUUCAAAAUAGGAAUAAAAUUGAAACUUAUUAAAUAAACAUACAUUUUAA